AUGCCGCCCCGCCCCGGCCCCCCGCCUCCGUUCGCCGGAGCCCCGGCCUCCGCGGCGCCAGCGCGCGCGUUCCUCACCCCAGGAGGUACGCGGGAGGCGAAAGGGCCGCAAUUCGUCGAGCACCUGGCGCCCGGGCGCGGGGUUCCGGUGACCCGCGGCGAGCGCGAUGUGCCCGGCGUGGACGACCUCGCUGGCGUCCCGCCGGAGCUCCUCCCGCCGAAGAAGAGGGUCGUGCGGUACCACCCAUACGCGGCGGCCGCGGCGAUCCAGGAGAUGGCCAGCCACUUCCGCAACAACCACGGAGGAGGAGGAGGGUUUCUUCUCGGCGCGUCGGAGCCGCCCAUGCCCACGGGGACGGGAUCGGGGCGCGGGCGUCGGGACGCGGCGGCGGAGGAGGAGCGGGGCGAGGACGGGCUGCGCGCGGAGCUGCUCCGCCUCCGCAUCUCGCGCCCGGCGGUGGUGCUCACCAAGCAGCUGACCCCGUCGGACCGCAGCCGCGACAAGGCGCGCCUCGUGCUCCCGGACCGCCUGGUGGCGCCGUCGCCGCUGCCGCGCAUGCUGACGGCGGCGGAGCGGGGCCUGGUGCUGGGCGUCGGGCUGCCCGUGCCGGCGCUCGACCGCCUCGGCCGCGCGUACCGCAUGUCGCUGCGGCGCGACCCCAGUGCCCGCACGUACCGCGUCACGGGGCAGUGGUCGCUCUUCGUGUCGCGCCACGGCGCGCGCGCCGGCGACGCCGUCGAGGUGCGCGCCUUCCGCCCGCCCGCCUGGCAGGCGCUCCUCGACAAGCACGGCGAGGGCGGGCUCGGCAUGGCGCUGCUGCAUCACCGUCGCGGUCCAAGUGAGGUGGGGAGCGACAGCAGGCAGGGCUACUACUGGUGCAGCCGGGAGCGCGACGCGGCCGACGCCCUCUUGCUGAUCGCCGCCACGAGCGCUCGCCCUGCGACGGUCGCCGGAGCCUGA